AUAUAGACAUUUGAUGUAAUAUACUCUCUGUACAUCAACUCACACAAUCUCCCGUUAUCGCUUAAUCGCAGCGACCGGUAUUUCCAUAAUAACAUCAUCAAGAAAAAUCAUUCCGAUUAUCAGGGAUCUGUCCGUGUAUGAAUACGGACGACAACGGCCGCGAUAUUUUUAUGAAGUUAUUUCACAUUCGCUGUAAUUACAUCAGUCCGCUAAUUGCAAUCGAACGUCAUGGAUUUUACUGAGCGACUCUAUAGAAAGGGUAUCACUGCCGCGUUAUAAAGAGCCAUAUUGGAAUUUUGUAACAUUCAUGAGUUUGGGAGCUAUACAUCACGGCGUACGUAAUAGAUUCACAUUCGGGUGAAGUAAAAUGAUAGUGCUUAUGAUUUAUGGGUCAAUUAUGACAACAUAAACGACGUAAUAAUGAUUGCAUAGCAAGGUUAUCAUUUAGUUACGGAACCGAAAAUUACGGAGAAUAAGUGGCUUCAAGCCAAUACAAGAGACAUGAAUAACGACACAAACGAUCCAGGUUGUGAUCCCGAUGCACAGUCUAACCCGGAAGAGGACCAACCGAAAAUUGUUAUCCAUAUAGCAAUGGGAAUGGUCACGUUGCUGUCAGUGUGUGGAAUUCUAGGCAACGCCCUGGCGAUAUUUGUGUUUUCUCGGCAAAAGAAUAAACUCAGCUCAACUGUUUUCAUUCUAACACUGGCUGUGACAGACUUUAUUUCAUCUCUUGUCACCAUGCCCUAUACUGUCGUGAUUGAACUUAUGUAUUACAACAUUGGGUACGAUUUUCCUUGUAAGUUGUAUCAGUUCAUGAAGACUACCACAAUUCCUUUUUCUGCUUUUGUUAUGGUAGCAAUAGCUCUUGAUAGGUAUCUAUGUAUAGUGUACCCGUUCAAACAUAUAAUGACGGUUCGGAGAGCAAAAAUAAUAGUUUGCAUUCUUGUAAUGUUAGCCUUUAUCAUAGGCAUUUUGGCUUCAUUGAUGAUUGGGACCUAUCAUUACCCGGCAACAAUCGAAAGCAACAAUUGUACCAACAGAACAAACAAGAGUGUCCUUACUUACUCAGAUAUCGAAGAUGAUUUUAUAAAUACAAUGAACAAUAGCAUCAUUGUAGAUUCAAACCAAUCUAAGCAACUCAUAAACACGGGCGUAUGCUUACCGAGUUAUCUCAUUCUUGAUAAAUCGUUUAUGUUGACAUAUCAGAAAAUUUAUUCGGCACUUUUCGGUGUUUGUGCGGUUUUGGUAAUUAUCUUGUAUUGCCUAACAUACCGAUCUGUCCUUGUUCAUAGAAACAAAAGAUUAAACGUGAGCAAUAAAUGUUGCGGAAUGUUAACGAGCACAAUGACAGAUGAUACGCAUGAGCACACCGAGUUCACGACGUUACAUAAGGACGAUCACUCUCCGAUAGUCAAUGGACAGGAACGGGAGAGUUGCAUGCAGGAUAAAUUCAGAGAAAGGCUUGGAACAAACGAUUCUUCCGCAAAGUCGCCAGGUGGUCGAAAUGUGAAAGCAGAUUCCGAAGUGCAGGUUGGACCCGGUGGAAUUUCGCGGGCAAAAUUGAAGAAACUACGUGUUGCAAAUAUUAAAACGGCCUUAAUGUUAUCGAUUGUUGCAUUUAUGUAUAUUGUUGCCUUCACACCAGCUUGGAUGAUGGCGUUAAGAGUGCUUGAUAUGAACGUUAUUGUGUAUUAUCUAUAUUUUACAUACAACGUGGCCAAUCCAGUGAUUUACGCAUUUCUCAAUAACAAUUUCCGCACGCAUCUCCAGGCAAUGUUUAGAUGCAGAAAGUCAUAAGUGUGAAAUCAUAAGUGAAAUUCAUUUUAAAAUCUUAAAUUACGUUAUUGUAAAUACAUUAGGUAGAAAUUGUUAGAGUAGGACUGUUAAAAAUUUCAAGAAGAAAACAAGACAAAAAAAAAACAUGAUAAAUUUAAAUUGAAGUGUAAGCUUAAUAGUUUAAUUUGAUGAAACAAGGUGAUGCAAAGCAUAUAUUGUAUGACAUACAAAUAUGUGUAUGAUCAUGUACUAAAAUUUUGAUUAAUAUGUGUGUUGCAACAUUGAUAUGCUACAAUUUACAGAAAUGCUGGGCAGUCAAUUGUACACAAUGUGAAUAUAAUGAUUUAUUGAAUUCAAUAUUGAAAAUUAAAAGAAACUGUUUGAAACUGUGACAAUGCAAAUGACAAUACAAAUUGAACUUGUAUAUUCAAAGGGUAUAGUUUCUUAUUACAAAAUCUCCUCUUUCAAGCAAACAUAUAACGUUGAUAAUUUACAGUGUGUAGCUAUGAAGAUUAUCAUAAGAACUUGCUUUAGUGCAUAAAACGUUCUGUACAGUUAUUAUUUUUCUUCGAGAUGACAAAACACGACAGAAUAGCUGGAUAAAAUACUGUAAAUUUAGCUGGAGGUAGUGAUAUGCAUGUGAACAUUAUGUUACAAAUGUGUCGCUGCCUUGAAAAUAUAAAACAGUUCCUUUGCAAACGUAAGGUGAAUUAUUAAGGUAUUUUUCUUGUUGGUUCGCAGCAUGAUAUAUCUAAUGCAUAAAUUUAGUAUUGCUACACAAAAAAUGUACAAUAUUUUGUUUCUUCGGAGAUGCAAUAGGACAUGGAAAGAGACCUUACGAAAACGAAUAAUUGCAUUUAAAACUGCACUGAUUACUAGCACUGCUUCAUACAUGUUCGUCACCAUUAACUUUAAACAAGCCUAGAAUAUAACAUUUCCCUAUACCCUCGUCAAAUGCAAUGAAACUUUGAAAUCACUAGAUCGUUACUUUACUGAUACGUUUAUAAUUUAUGUAAAUAAUAUCUAUACAGUUCUAGUGGCUAUGUAUGGCAACAACAGACUGUAGUCGCUAGUGCUUAGAUAUUUUGUGAUAACAUUGGGGUCAAAAGUCGGCCACUUCGUGUUCACCUACUUUGCAUAAAACUUUAAAACCUUUCACUGAAGGGUAUUUUUAAUCUGCUAGGUAUGAAAAGAAAACAUACGACAAGGUGCCAACCCAGUGUGAAGGAAAACUUUGAAAAUCUCUUUUCUAAAAUAUCAAUGGCUGACUGGAGCGCACAUAUUUGGUAUGGACUGUCAUCUGAUUAACCUUAUUAAACGUAUACAAAUCACGACUACUGAGGUUAUGUGUACACUUACACACUACCUAACAGUAACACAACGAUUCGAAAUGACCAGGUUUGCCAGUAUUUCUAGUAAAGUGUCAGAUCCUCACAAAGACAUCAUGUUGUCAUUUGCAUGAAAAAGUCUGUUUUUUUAUCUGCCUUUUGACAAUGGCAACACUAAGUAUUGGUUUAAAGAAAUGAAAUUUCAAAAAUACAUGAAUAUGAAUCUGAGAAUCUGACAUAUGAAACUCAGAUAGUUAACAGAUGUCACACAAAGACAAUUAAGGUCAUACGGCGCCUUUCGAGCUUUUUACGUGACGGAAGGCCCAGGUACCUGAAUAGAAGCCCCGCUUCUUCUCCACAUGAUGUAAGGUGAAUCCUUAAGCUUCUCGCAUCACUAUGCUUCCACCCAAAAAUAUUAGCGGCCGGUAGCCUUCAUCUCUCUACAAAGAAGGAUCUGAUGUGCCAGUAUAAUUGUAAAAAAAUAAGUAUAAAUUAGUCAUAAUAUUUAUUCUCUCAUCAAAUUUUUUGCGCUUUUUAAAAUCAUUUUGAAGCCGUUUAAAAGUUCCUAAAUAAAAUAUAAUGAUGCAGUCUAAUUUAUCACACACGGCUUCAUUGUUGCUUCCAUAACAUUCAGACAAAUAUGGAAAUGUUUGCACUGCUGUGACAUAAACUCUAUUAGUAAAAGAAUGAGACAGAAAAAGACCCACCGAACACAUUACGGAGUUCCAGUAAUAAUAAUGAACACUCUGCACUUUCUAGUGUUUAUAUUGAUUUCAGAACUCACAGACUAAUGUAUGAAAAACACAAUUAUUAUAUUAAUUAUACGGGCAUAUAAACCAACUGCUACUGCGAUAACCCUACAAAAAAUUGCUGAGACAUCUCCGCUGCAUACUCAACUUAAAAUAUAAUAUCGGACAACUGCUUAGAAACCCAGUAUUUGAGCCCGAUAUGAUUUUUCUCGAUUUCACUAAGUCUUGUUUUAAUAUCGUAUUAUUUUGAGUCCAUUCGUUUUGCUGUAUAAUGGAGCUUAGUUUAAACCUGUGUUAGAGGGCGUAAGCUAUGUCACAAAUUCCAUUGCACAGUCUGUCUAACCAAGUACGUAUUUUACAUGUUUACUUUCCAUGCUUCCAGUGGCUGUUUCACGUGUAGAUUGUUUACACAUUUUGUGACAGCAAUGUACUAGUAUAUCUAUAUUGUUAAUAAAUGAAUGAAUAUUAAGAAUAUAUUACAUAAUGUAAAUUUUAUUCUUAGAAUGGUAGUUUUUAGAAUUAAAGUCUUUCCAGUUAUUACUAUGUA